UCCCCAGAUUGGUUUCACUCAGCGAUAAGACGGAAGGCACCAAUUGUCAUUCCUUUUAAACUGCAACUACACAUACUGCAUCAGAUUACAAAGCAUUUUACAGAGAGGAGAGAUGGGGACCAUUUGGUUCACAGUUUGGUGUGCUUUAUUCUUGAAUGUUCAGGCUUCUCCAGCCGGGCACACAGAAGACCAAAUAUGUGAACCAGGAUUUGACCGAGAAUCAGUUAUUUUUAAGGUGACUAAAAAGCUUCUGAGGCCAGGCACUAUCCUGGGAAAAGUGAACUUCACCGACUGCCCAGGUGCCAGGUUGGUGAAGUUCGUCACUUUCGAUCAUGGUUUCUUCGUUGAGAAUGAUGGGACAGUAAUGGUUUCAAGUCUGUUGGUUCUUCAAGAGGGACAACGGCGCUUCUUCAUCCACUCCUUUGAUACACAAACUGAGAAACGGACUCUCUCUGCUGUUGUUCAGUAUCAAGGGGAUCAUGACACAGCCCACAGCCCCCAGAGUGAUUUUCCCCUUAAGGACAACACAAAUAACUUAGAGGUUCUAGUCCUGCAUUUCCCAUCAUCCAGUGAAGGACUGAGGAGGAAAAAGAGAGACUGGGUUGUUCCUCCCAUUAAUAUUGUAGAGAAUUCCAGAGGACCUUUCCCUCAGUUUGUUGUGCAGAUUCGUUCUGAUGCUGAUAAAACUAAAAAGAUCCAUUAUAGCAUCACUGGUCCAGGAGCAGAUCAGCCUCCUGUCAGUCUUUUCACCAUAGACAGAGACACCGGUGCUCUGUAUGUAACACAAGGACUGGACAGAGAGAAAAAAGACAGAUAUCAGAUACUGGUACAUGCUGUGAUGGACGGUUCAGCCUCUGCUGAGGAGCCUAUGGAGAUUUUUAUAAAUGUAAUUGAUCAGAAUGACAGCAGACCUAUUUUCACCUUCUUGGGAAAUGUGGCUGAGUCUUCAUUAAUAGGUUUUGAGGUGAUGAAGGUUACGGCUACAGAUGCUGAUGAGCCAGACAGUGUCAACUCAGAUAUUGUGUAUCGUAUUGUGAGCCAGGAACCUCAGCAACCAAGUCCAUCCAUGUUUGUCAUAAACCCAGCUACAGGAGCCAUCAGAGUCAGUGCAGCUGGACUGGACAGACAGAAAUACCCUGAGUAUACCCUGGAGGUACAAGCAGCAGAUAUGAGUGGGGAGGGACUUAUUGCAUCAACAAAAGUAAUCAUCUCUAUAACUCCUGGCACCGAACUCCCUGCUGCACAAGGAGGAGGGAGGAGCAAGAGGGAUGCAGAUCCCAAGAUUCAACAUUCUUCUUCAGAGGACAUGUUACCAAAUCUGUUACAUCUUCCAUCUGAAGAAGGGAUGAGGAGAAGGAAGAGAAGCUGGGUUAUUCCUCCCCUCAGUGUUGCUGAGAAUAGCAGAGGACCGUUUCCUCUAAAACUUGCUCAGGUCCGCUCUGACAGAAGUACAGUGACGAAAAUUAUAUACAGGCUCCGUGGUCCAGGAGCUGACAAGCCGCCUGUAGGCCUUUUCCUUAUAGACAGCGACUCUGGUUGGUUGGAAGUCACACAAGAACUGGACAGAGAGAACCAGGACAAGUACACAUUAGAAGCACUUGCAGUGGAAGAAGGACAAGCUGAAGCAUCGGAGAUCAUUGAAAUAAUUGUGAAUGUAAUCGAUCAGAAUGACAACAAACCAGUUUUCAGCAGAGACACCUAUGAGGGAGAAGUGCCUCAGUCCUCAGCUGAAGGCUUUGAGGUGAUGACAGUUCAGGCCACGGAUGCUGAUGAGGAAAAUUCUGACAACUCCGAUGUCUGCUAUCGCAUUACAAGACAAGAACCUGAAGAACCAAAUCCGUCCAUGUUUGCAAUCAAUAUGGAUACUGGGCUUAUUACAGUCAAUGCUACGGGGCUGGACAGAGAGAAACACCCGCAGUACACACUCACAGUGGUAGCUGCUGACAUGAGAGGCGAGGGGCUGAUUGGAAGAGCCAAAGUCAUCCUAACUAUAACUGAUAAUUCUUCCCCUACAAAGCUCCAGAUGCCAGAUGGCUCUGUGCUCAGUCACUUCAGAGAUUCUGAACAGAACUGAGGUCUUUCUAUAUGAUGAGCUCUUCUGCUCCGGAGGAAACCUGACGUCAACAUUUCGCUGUGACAAGUGCGCUUAAAAAGAAUCUUAGCUUCUCUCCAUUUACUCUUAGUUGGACUGUCUUUCAGGUAACUUUGCAGGUUUUCUUUUCCCUGAAGGUGAAGCAAGAAUGUGAUAUUUCUGCAGCUGUUAGUAUUGGGUAAAGGUUAAAGUUGCUUCUAAUUAUUUGUUCCUCUACAUUGUCUAUAUGGAAUGACUACAAUAACAGGAACUAGAUGGUGACGUACCUGUAUGAUUUAUAGGGCCCUCCAUUAAUUUGUCAUGAAAUAAUACAGUGUGAUAUGUAAUCUGAUCCUUUUAUGUCUCUAAUUUGAAUGUCUCUUUGAAUGUUCUUUAAGAACUUUUAAAGGACCAUUCAGUAAAUGUAAAUUUAGAAUGCGUAAUGUUGCCUUGUUGUUAUAAGACAUCCAACAUUUGCCCAUCUUUAAGAUUUGUGUGUUGGUGAUUAGCAUUAAGCAUCGUGAGGGGUCAAUCUAAAUAUAGCGCUGUUCAAUAAAUUAGAAUAUUGAAAAUUUUA